AUCGCCUUCGCCCCGACGUGGAAGGCGGUGGCCAACGACGUCAAAGACUGGAGGCCUGCGCUGAAUCUUGCUGCCCUGGACUGUGCCGACGAGAGCAACAGCGCAGUCUGCAGAGACUUCAACAUCGCUGGCUUCCCCACCGUGAGGUUCUUUCAGGCCUUUUCUAAGAACGUCCCAGGAACGACGUUACCAGUGGCCGGUGCCGACGUGCAGACGCUGCGGGAGAGGCUCAUUGAUGCUCUGGAGUCCCAUCGUGACACGUGGCCCCCAGCCUGUCCCCCGCUGGAGCCUGCCAAGCUGGAGGAGAUUGAAGGAUUCUUUGCAAGAAACGAUGAAGAGUACCUGGCCCUGAUCUUUGAAAAGGAAGGCUCCUACCUGGGUAGAGAGGUGACUCUGGACCUGUCCCAGCGCCAUGGCCUGGCAGUACGCAGGGUUCUGAACACAGAGGGCAACGUGGUGAGCAAGUUCGGCGUCACGGACUUCCCAUCUUGCUACCUGCUGUUUCGGAAUGGCUCCGUCUCCAGAGUCCCCGUGCUUGUGGAGUCCAGGUCCUUCUAUACUGCGUACCUGCAGAGGCUCUCUGGCCUCACCAGGGAGGCCGCCGAGGCCACAGCCGUGCCGACCGCUGCUAAAACGAUAGCUCCCACUGCUUGGAAACUGGCAGACCGCUCCAAGGUCUACAUGGCGGACCUGGAAUCCGCGCUACACUACAUCUUGCGGAUAGAAGUGGGCAAGUUCUCGGUGCUGGAAGGGCAGCGCCUGGUGGCCCUGAAGAAGUUCGUGGCGGUGCUGGCCAAGUACUUCCCUGGCCAGCCCUUGGUCCAGAACUUCCUGCACUCUGUGGAAGACUGGCUCAAGAAGCAGCAGAGAAAGAAGAUUCCCUACAGUUUCUUUAAGAAUGCCCUGGACAGCCGGAGGGAGGGUGCUGUUCUUGCCAAGAAGGUGAACUGGAUUGGCUGCCAGGGCAGCGAGCCACACUUCAGGGGCUACCCCUGCUCCCUGUGGGUCCUCUUCCAUUUCCUGACAGUGCAGGCAGCUCGGCAAAAUGGGGACCACUCGCCGGAAACAGCCAACGCCCAGGAGGUGCUGCAAGCCAUCCGGGGCUACGUGCGCUACUUCUUCGGCUGCCGGGACUGCGCCAACCACUUUGAGCAGAUGGCUGCCGCCUCCAUGAACCGCGUGGCCAGUCUCAACGACGCCGUCCUCUGGCUCUGGUCUGGCCACAACAAGGUCAAUGCUCGCCUCGCAGGUGCUCCCAGCGAGGACCCGCAGUUCCCCAAGGUGCAGUGGCCACCCCGCGAGCUCUGUUCUGCCUGCCACAAUGAGGUCCAGGGCCCGCCAGUGUGGGACGUGGCCGCCACCCUGAACUUCCUCAAGACCCACUUCUCCCCUAGCAACGUUGUCAUGAACUUCCCCCACAACAGGCUGGCCCCUCGCCAUGGCGCUCAGGUGCUGGCAGACACCCCGGGGCUGGUGAUGGGGGUGCUGGAUCUGGCGGUGGGAAAUUCAACGCUGCGCCCUGAGGGGGCCGAGACCGCAGAGUUGCAGGGAACCUUUGUCCCUGAGGUUCCAGUCUGGAGGCCCAAGGCCAGCCCUCCCCAGGAGCUCCACGCAGGCCGCGGCCCAGAGGGGCCUCCUGAGCUGCCCGCAGUGCCGCAGGAGGCUGAGUUGGAGCCACUGCAGGGGCUGCGGCACCUGAGCAAGCGGGACAUAGGGGCCGUGGGGCUGGCCGAGCCCUGGGCAGGGAAGAACCAUCUCGGAGACCCUGCAGAGCCCAGGUACCUGGGCCGCAGCUCCAAGCAGCUGGCCAGCAUGCCUGAGGGCAAGCCGAAGGCCCCUGGAGGCCCGUGGCUGCAGGUGCUGGGAGGGGGCUUCUCCCACCUGGACAUCAGCCUAUGUGUGGGGCUCUACUCCCUGUCCUUCUUGGGGUUGCUGGCCGCCUACACCUCCUUCCGGGCCAGGAUGAGAGCCCUGAAGGGCCACUCUAGCCACCCUGCAGCCUGAUGGCACAAUUCAGGAGGGAACCAGAAAGGGAGCUGCCUCCACGGGGCCCUGCUGGCCGCUGCCCCUUUCUGUCCCCUCCCAGCCCUUGUUCCUUGUCCAGCCAGGAUGGCGGGAAAUACAGGGAAACCAGUUGCUCCGAUGGACCUCC